AUGUGUGGUCUACCAGUCAUGAAACGAAUUCUUCUGUUUUUUAUCCUGGCUGCUGCUGUUAUGUAUGGUAUACUGCAUGGAAAUCUGUGGAGAAAUAACCUCUACUGGAUUAGCUUUUAUGGACAGACUUCAUCUGUGAGGGCUCCUCCUUCCUAUGAGACUAGUGGAGUUACCCAGCUACCACCAACGGCUGUGGAGAGAAGGAACAUGCUGGACACUUGUCUCCUGAAACCAGCAUUUGAAUCUUUAUUGGGUGUGGACAAAAUAUACCCUUUCCUGUGUGCUAAUGAUUUUAUCAGAGUGGCAGAGUUCCACGGGAGCGAUAAGUUUGAACUACCUUAUGGAAUAAAGAGAGCAGAGCAAUUUUUUCGUUUAGCCCUUUCAAGACUGCAGAACUGUGGACUUUCCAAUGAAGAUGACAGUAUUGCCUGUCGACGGUGUGUUGUGGUCGGUAAUGGAGGAGUACUUCGAAAUAAGACAUUAGGGGAGAAAAUUGACUCAUAUGACGUGAUAAUAAGAAUGAAUAACGGCCCUGUUAUAGGGUACGAAGAGGAUGUUGGGAGGAGGACGACCUUCCGCCUUUCUUACCCGGAAUCCAUCUUCUCAGAUCCAAUCCACUAUGACCCGAAUACGACCGUUGUUCUCAUUGUCUUCAAACCACAUGACUUGAAGUGGCUUUGGGAGAUACUAGGUGGUCAGAAAGUAAGUGCUAAAGGUUUUUGGAAGAAACCAGCUCUGAACAUGAUAUACAAAUCUAGUCAAAUCAGGAUUCUUGAUCCCAGCAUCACCAGAAAAACAGCUUAUGAAUGGCUUCGUUUCCCAACAAGGUUUCCCAAAAAGGAGAAACCCAAGCAUCCAACAACGGGGCUAAUUGCCAUUACACUAGCAUUUCACGUAUGCCAUGAAGUUCACCUGGCAGGCUUCAAGUACGACUUCACUGACAGAAACAGUUCUUUGCACUACUACGGCAACGACACAAUGUCUCAGAUGAUGCAGAAUGAAUACCACAACAUUGAUGCUGAGCAGAAAUUUUUGAAGAAGCUUAUAGACAAGAACUUUGUGGUCAAUUUGACGUGAAAGCUGAAUGGAAGAACAAUCACUAUUUUCAAGAUUUGAAAAAUUUUUAUUUUUUGUACGAUAUUUUUAUUUUUUAAGUGCAACAUAACUGUUUACUGUUUAAAAGGAGCACAGAAACCUCACCAAGGCAGAAGCUGCUUCUAAGCCUGAGAGUAAUGGACUAUUGCAAAGUCAACUGAAUUUCUGUGAAGAUAUUUCAUAACGGGAAAACCAUGAAACUUUCAACUGAAAGUAUUAGGGAUAUAUAAAAAUGUGAUGCACAUCACUUAUUUAUCAGGAGGAACUCUUUCCAAAUGAUUACUUCUCUGGAAUACUUUUGUUUCUGAUGUCAUCCUCCAAAAGAGUUACACUGUCAAGAGACUGAGACAACUGGUGUUUAAUUAAUAGAUGGAUGUAAAGUCUUGAAUGUCUGUCUUGUAGUAUGCAAAUGGCUUUAAAAGGAUGCCUGUAAAUCAUUACUGUGUGUCUGGGAGAAGAGGGAACAUACGGAGCAUACAGGUUUUGGUCUACCCUGCUCCUGAGGAGGGGACGUCCAUCUUC